UCCCCUUGCUAACGGUUGACGUCAUGCCGCCAUCAGAGGCGUACGAAACAUGGCUGCUCCCUGCGAGUCCAGACCGAGACGUUUUUCCUCAAUUUUAAAUAUUUAAUAGUCACUUCUGAACGAUGAUGAAUACCACAGACAAGGUAGAGAAAAUGGUGCCAUCUGCUGAGGAAGAAGAGGAGGAGGAGGAGGAAGAAGGAGAAGAGGAAGAUGGAGAUGAUGAAGAACAGGAAGGUGGAGGUGAUGAGGAAAAGGAGGUAGAAGCAGAUAAAACUGGGGAAAAUAUUCAAUUGCCCGCUCAACCCAGUGAGAAAAAGCAGGCUGAGGGCCUGAACCUGAACAAUGAGGUGGUGAAGAUGAGGAAGGAGGUAAAGAGGUUGAGGGCGUUGAUCAUCAGGAAGCUGACCCGACAGAUUGGCGGCCUGAAGAAGAAGAAGGGGACAGAUACCGAAGUUGAGAGGAAUCAGAGGAGAGCUGCCAGACUGCUGGAGGAGAUCCACGCCAUGAAGGUCCUCGUACCAGACCUGGUGACAAAGACAGCCUUGCAAAAGAAUCUCAACUUUGAACAGGUGUGUAAAAACCCAAAGUCUACUAUUUCGGACCGGGCCGUAGCACGCAUCGCCACACACCCACAGUUCAACAAGAAGAUUGAGGACAUCAAAGCUGCUGUGAAAGCCUUUAAAGAAGAGCGGAUGAAGGGUGGAAAGCAGGGAGGGAAUGAAAAAGUGCAAAGUAAAGCUGGAAAGGUGACUCCACAGUCAUCAGGAAAAAAGAUAGAAAGAAUGAGUGAAGAGGAGGACAUAACAGUGGAGCAAGAGGAAAUAAUAGACAAUGAGGAAGGAGAUGGCAUCAUUAAAGAUACUAAAGAUGCAACUGUUGCCAAACCUGAAAAGGAGCCAAGGAAAGCAACUCCUUCAGCUGAUGAUAGUCAGAGGAAAGAAAUACCAGAGCCUAAGAAUGUAAGACCAGCAUCAAUAAAAAGUAGUGAAGUAAAGGACAUUGUGAAAAAUAAACCUCAAAGUAAAGAAGCAGAAAAGAAACCUGCUCUUAAGUCUGCACCUGAAGCGCUUCAGAAAAAGACAGAUGAGGAAGAGAGUGAUAUAGAGCCAUCUGAUGAUGAAGAAGAGAAAGAGUACUUUGAUGACAGCACAGAAGAACGUUUCCGCAAGCAGUCCUCUCAGUCUGAGGAGAGUGACGAUGACGACUUCUUUGUUGGAAAAGUGAGCAAAUACAAGAAGAAGAAGCAGAAAAGUGUAGAAGUUGAGAAGGGGCAUGAAGUGAAAGCGGACCCAGCAAACCAGCUCCAGAGUAGACUUGAUGAGCUUGAGUCCAGGCUUAAGUCUAAAGCGACCUCGCUUCAGUCUGUUUUUUGUUCUUCCCUCUCUGCGUCUAAGCCUGGUGGGGGCAGAGGUGCAGGCAGAGGGAGAGGUGGGGAUACAUUUAGGGGCCCAGGGAAACCAAAGGGUGGCAGCGGUCUAAAUAGAGAUUUUAGUAAACAAUCCAAGUUCAAAAAUCAGGACAAAGGAACAGAAAGAAAUCCCGAGUCAAAGUACAGCAGGCCCCGCCCUGAGGGCAGACAUCCUGAGUCGUCAGAGAAGGGCUCUGCCGGCCGAGGUAGAGGGCGAGGCAGAGGUGACGUUUUUAGGCAGAUUGAUCGCAGGGGUGGAGGUGCCUUUUCCUAUCAGGCACCACAGCAGGCACUGCAUCCAUCCUGGGAGGCCAGUAAGAAAAGGAAGGAGCAGCAAGGGCAAAUCCUGGCCUUCAAGGGGAAGAAGAUCAAGUUUGAAGAUGAUGACUGAAACUAUCUUUCUUUCUUUUUUAAUGCUGAAUACAUAUCUUUGGUUGAGUGUCUCACAUGCCAUAUUUGAAUAAGUUUUGUUAUCCGGCACACUAGUGAAGUGUAAAGGUUGUCACUUAUUCUGUAUCUCCAGUGUAAUUCAUUGACAGUGUUUUUUCAUCUUUAUGGCUAGCAAAAGACAAAAAGAUAUUUGUUUAAAGCAUCGUAAAUGCUUUUCAUAGGAAGGGUUUACCAGUUAACAGUUUGAGGAACAUGUAAUUUGUAUGAAUGCCAGUUAUGUGGGAAAUGUAACGGGGGGGGGGGGCUUGGGAAGUAAUAUUGUUAGGUUCUUAUGUUUUGACCUGUACACAAUUUCAUGCUUUGUCCAAAAUGGUAAUUAGGGCCCAGUUAUUGUAUAGUACAUAUUCUCUGAACUUGGUGUAUGGUGAUACACAUUAUCUGCAGUGAGAUCUUAAACCAAGUGACUUUUCCCUGUUUUUGUUACUUGUCUCUAACCAGCUAUGUUUAAACUAUAUAAAGUUUAUAUUAUAUUUACGGUUUUAAUGUACUUUGCUGUUGGAUCUUCAUGUCAAGAAAACUUCAUUAAAAGCAUUUUAAAAAUAUUA